AUUUUUUGGAAAACAAAAUUUCAGGCGACGCGCAUGAAAGCUUUGCCAUUUCGUGAAAUUAAUCCAAUCCUAGGGAGCAAUCGAGCCUCUCAUGGCGGUGGUGUCUGCAAUGGCCAGCCCAUGGGACACGGUGUUGGAGCUCACAAAAUUGGCUCAGGACAGGGCGGCCGACCCCCUGGUGUACGCUCUGCAGAUAUCAUCUACGCUCAACGCCGCCGGCGUUUCCAUUCCCUCCACCGACUUCGCCACUAUCCUCGUCUCCCACAUAUGUUGGUCCAAUAACGUUCCUAUUGCUUGGAAAUAUCUCGAGAAGUGCUUGACGCUCAGGGUUGUCCCUCCCCUCUUUGCUCUUGCUCUCCUCUCUACCAGAGUUAUCCCUAACAGAAAGAUCUAUCCUGUGGCCUAUAGACUGUAUAUGGAACUUUUGAAAAGAUAUAUCUUCUCAUUGAAGUCUCAGAUUAAUGCUCCGCAUUAUCAACAGACAAUGGAGUCCAUCAACGAGAUUCUUAAUCUUUCCCAGGCUUUUGGGCUCCCAGAUAGUGAAUUUGGGUUGUUUAUUGUGGCUUUUAUUUUUACAAUUGUGAGGGAGUUAGUUGAUGCUUCACUCGAUGAUGAGGGAUUGCUGGAGCUCUCAGCUGAAAAGGAAUCUAUGUGGUCAAUGAGAACACAAGAUAUGGAGAUAGACAAUCAUGAUGCAUUUAAUGGGAAACGAGCAGAACAAUAUGAGUUAUUGUCUAAAAAGAAUACUAUAAUGGCCACUGAAUUGCUUUGUGAAUUUUUCCGGAACAAAGUGACUUCCAGAGUAUUAUUCUUGGUGCGAAGGAACAUGCCUUCUUAUUGGGAGCCCUUUAUCAAGCACGUGCAGUUGCUUGCCUCAAAUUCAAUAGCUUUGAGAAAUUCAAGAAGUGUUUCACCAGAGGCUCUUUUGCAGUUAACAUCAGAUACAGAUGUGUUCCUGUCAAGGGAAGGUAAAAAAAGCACACUUCACCGGAUGAAUGCAGUAGUUGGAUCUUCACUUGUAUCUUGUCCCAGCCGAAGUCAUGGAACCAGCCCAUCAGCUUACUGGCUGCCCAUCGAUCUCUUUCUUGAAGAUUCCAUAGAUGGGUCACAAGUGUUAGCUACAAGCGCUGCCGAAACACUUACUGUUCUAGUGAAGGCUCUUCAGGCAGUUAACUGUACCACUUGGCAUGACACAUUUCUUGGGCUAUGGGCUGCGGCACUGCGGCUUGUUCAAAGAGAAAGACAUUCAUCUGAAGGACCAGUACCACGUCUUGAUACGUGCCUAUGCAUGCUGUUAUCUAUUACACCACUUGCAGUUGUAAACAUUAUUGAGGAAGAAGAAAGGGAACUCCUUCAUGCUAAUCAAGGAAAGAAUUGUUUAGGAAAGCGUCGUCAAGACUUAGUUUCAAGUCUAAAACAGUUGGAUGAUUAUGAAGGUUUGUUGUCUCCACCACUACAGUUAGCUUCAGUGGCAAAUCAAGCCGCUGCAAAAGCGAUGAUGUUUCUUUCAGGUCUCACUGUUUCCAGUGGAUACUUUGAUGGCAUGAGCUUGAAUGACAUGCCUUCGAACUGCGUUGGAAACUUGCGACACCUGGUUGUUGAGGCUUGUAUUGCCAGAAAUAUUCUGGAUACAUCUGCGUAUUUCUGGCCUGGAUAUGUAAAAGGCCGAUGCAAUCAAAUACCAUGUGGCAUUUCAGGCCAAACACCUGGCUGGUCUUCAUUGAUGAAAGGGUCUCCUUUAACUCCUCCAAUGAUGAGUAUGCUGGUUUCUACCCCAGCCUCAAGAGGAUAGAGAAUUAACUGGAACCACAAAUUCUUUACUUAAAUGGGAAAGUGGCAAAGUUAUUGGGACAUCCAAAAAAGGAAAGUUGGCAAAGUUAUAAGGGACGGAGGGAGUAAGAUGUAGAAUGAGAAGAAGAGCUCAAAGCAGAAGUACGAACGGCGUGAAAAUUUGGUGAUGUCUUUUCAUACCAAGUGUUUUGUAAUACACAGUUCGGUGGAGAUAUUUAAUCUAUUUAAUCAAAUGUGGAUGAUUUUUUUGCGCAAUUACUACUUUUUUUACUGAUACACUACUUGUAUCAUGCAAGUGAGCCUUCUGGUGUGCUGUAUGGGCAGUCACAAUGCUACAAUGAGACAUGAUGAUUUUGAAGGGAAAAGCCUGUUCGUUUCUCUCUACUAAUGUGACUUUAACACCUAAAUUGUUUGGUAGGCACUGCCAAUUCUGAGAUUUGGUUUUCCUAGUUUUUUAGAGAAUCACAUUUAAAUCAUAUAGUUACUUUUUUGAGCCCUUCACUACACUGUGGUCACUCUUCGACAUAAGGUUGGGUUUAUAAGAAUGAUUUUUCUGCAUUCAUGCAAUUUGUAAUGCACCUAAAUUUUGGUUAUGUGUGUGAUGAAAGUUUAGCGGAAUUGGAGAAAAUAUAUGAGUUCGCGGUAAGUGGUUCUGAUGAUGAGAAAAUUUCUGCCGCAACAGUUCUCUGUGGAGCAUCUCUUACCCGUGGUUGGAAUAUACAGGAGCACGUUGUGAUGUUCAUCACAAGACUGCUUUCACCUCCCAUUCCUAAAGAAUACACUGGAAGUGAAAGCCAUUUGAUACGUUAUGCUGCUUUUCUGAAUGUCCUUCUUGUCGGAAUAUCAUCUAUUGAUGGUAUACAGAUUUAUUCCUUGCAUGGAUUGGUCCCACAACUUGCUGCUGCACUGAUGCCAAUCUGUGAAGUCUUUGGUUCUUGUGCACCCACCAUUUCUUGGGCUCUUACCAGGGAAGAAUUAUCAUCCCAUAUGGUAUUUUCAAAUGCAUUCACUCUUCUGCUAAGGUUAUGGAGAUUUGAUGAGCCGCCAUUUGAAAGUGUAAAUGGGGAAUUAUGCCCAGUGGGGUCCCAUGUAACUCCUGAGUAUUUAUUAUUGGUGCGCAACCGUCAGCUGGCUGCAACUGAAAAUUCAUCAAACGAUCAAAUCAAGUGCAAGCGGUUUUCAAGGCUUUUAGAUCCGUGGCAUAGAGAACCUAUAUUUAUGGAUUCAUUUCCAAAGUUAAAAUGUUGGUACAGGCAAAAUAUGGCAUGUAUGUGUUCAACCCUUUCUGGUCUUGAACAUGGAACUCCUGUUCAUGAAAUUGUGGAAGCAUUGUUGAAUUUCAUGUUCAGAAAUCUAAGCAGGGGUGGACAGCCUCUUACACCCACUGCUUCUGGAAGCAGUAAUUCAUCUGGGCCUGGUGGUGAAGAUUUAUCUACCCGUCUUAAAUUGCCCGCAUGGGAUAUUUUAGAGGCGGUUCCCUUUGCGCUUGAUGCGGCCUUAACGGCCUGUGCCCAUGGAAGGCUUUCACCUCGUGAACUAGCUACAGGGAUUAAGGACCUUGCUGAUUUCCUUCCUGCUUCUUUGGCAAUAAUAGUAAGUUACUUCUCAGCUGAAGUAACAAGAGGAGUUUGGAAGCCUGCACCCAUGAAUGGAACUGAUUGGCCAAGUCCUGCUGCUAAUCUAGCUUCAGUUGAACUGCAGAUAAAGAAUUCAUUAGCAACUACCGGUGUUCAUGUCCCAAGUCUUGCUGUAGGUGGAAGCUCCAUUUCUACUCUACCACUGCCCCUGGCAGUGCUUCUCAGUUUCACCAUAACUUACAAACUUGACAGAGAUACCGAGCGCUUUCUCAACUUUGUGGGACGUUCCAUGAGUAAUCUGGGCACCGUCUGUCCCUGGCCAUCUAUGCCCAUCAUCGUCUCCCUUUGGGGCCAGAAGAUAAAGCGGUGGAGUGACUAUCUUACGUUCUCUGCAUCCCGUACCGUAUUCCACCACAACAGUGAUGCCGUUGUCCAACUUCUUAGGGUCUGCUUCAAAGCCACCCUUGGGUUAAACAGUUCCAUCACAGCAAGCAGUGGUGGGGUAGGUGCACUUCUUGGUCACGGAUUCGUCUCUCAUUUAUCUAGUGGUACAUGUCCUGUUGCUCCUGGAAUAAUGUACUUGCGUGUCCAUAGAUGCGUUAGGAACACCUUGUUUAUGACAGAGGAGAUUAUUUCCCUUGUGAUAAGUUCUGUUGAAGACAUUUCAAACAGCGGCUUACCAGUCGAGAACCUUGAGAAGCUCAAGAAAACGAAAUAUGGGUUGAGAUAUGGUCAGGUUUCACUUGCAGCAGCUAUGACCCGUCUCAAGGUAGCAGCUUCACUAGGGGCGUCUUUGGUUUGGAUAACCGGCGGUUUGAGUUUAGUCCAAUCUCUGAUAAAAGAAACUUUACCCUCGUGGUUCAUAUCCGUUCAGAAACCGGAACCCCAAACUGGAGUCGAAAUGUUGAGGGGAUAUGCGCUCGCGUAUUUCACGGUGCUUUGCUUAGCAUUUGCGAUGGGGGUGGAACCAGUGCUUUCACCUGGUUCUAGGCGAUCCAAGGUUCUCGUGAGGCACAUGGAGUUUCUUGUAAGUGCAUUGGAUGGGAAGAUAUCCCUGGGGUGUAAUGAAGCCACGUGGAGAGCGUAUCUCUCAGGGUUUGUUAGUGCGAUGGUGGUUUCCACACCAAACUGGGUGAGGGAGGUUGAUGUUGCGGUUGUGAAGAAGCUGAGCCAGGGGCUAAAGCAGUGGAAAGAGGAGGAGUUGGCUGUGGCCCUUCUUGGAGUCAGCGGGGUGGGUGGAAUGGCCAAGGCUGCUGAAAUGAUUAUAGAGCGUGGGGUUUGAAGUUUUCCUAGAUCGAUGGAUUAAGUCAUAGAUAGGCUAAUCACAACCAUGUUUGGGAGUUUUUUUGUUUAUCAUAAACGGUUUUUAGAUUUGUAAUAUAGUUAUCACAGUUCAAAUAGUAGUGCAGUUUUUUUUAAUAAUAUAGUUAUCAUAGCAUUAGUAGUAUUUUGAAUUUCGGAUUCCUAUUAGGUUCAUAACUUCAUAUCCAUUAUUUAUCCAUAUAACCAUUGUAACAGCC